AAUGGGAGGAAUGGUCGUUUAUAUGUAUGAGCGGACCGAUAAUCUCGUAUUUUUUCCACCUUCCCCUUUAGGACUUUAUAGGCGAUCAUGACUCAUGAAGUAUACGUAUAGAUUCUUUAAUCGGUGAAGUGAUAUGUAACCGAUAGAGUUAAAUGAUCCCCAUGAGUAUACAAUUAUCAUUAAUGAUACUGUACUAUUUUUUAUAAAGCAAUUAGUUUGCUUGUACCAAUGGCCCUAUGAACACUCUAACCUCCCACCAGUCGGCCUAGAGUCAUAUCGCAACUGUUAACUUUUUUUCCUCUUUAGCGAAUAUGAUUUUGGAAUGCGCUUAGAGUUCCAUUAAUUGAGAAUACAUAGGUAAAAGAUGGAAGAGUAAGUUUGGCAAACUUUUCAACAUCGAAAUAGAUUAUAACUAUAUAGCAAAAGGAGAAUUAAAGUGUUACUGAAUUAAGAUACGGAACGAACAAUUUUAUAGCCAUGACUUCCGUUGACUACUCUUUAUAUUUGGUUACUGAUUCAACCAUGAUUCCCGAAUCAUCAACUUUUCUUAAACAAGUUGAAGAUGCUAUUAAUAAUGGUGCUACUUUGAUCCAACUACGUGAAAAGAAACUUCUGACACUUGAAUUUAUUGAGCGAGCAAAUAAAGUUCAUGAGUUGACUAAAAAGAAGGGAAUUCCCUUAAUAAUUAAUGAUAGAAUUGAUGUGGCAUUAGCUAUUGAUGCUGAAGGUGUUCAUGUUGGUCAAGAUGAUAUGCCUGCAAGUAUUGCAAGAAAAUUAUUGGGUCCAAAUAAAAUUUUAGGGGUUACAUGCUCCAAUGAGAAAGAAGCAAAAGUCGUAGUAGACGAAGGAAUUGCAGAUUAUGUCGGUUUAGGAACCGUAUACAAGACAAACACAAAGAAAGAUGUCAAGGAUCCUGAAGGAACUGGACCUAUUGGGAUAAGACGUAUGUUACAAGUUUUAUCUCAAUAUCAAAAGAAAAAUGGUAAGAAAAUAUACAGUGUUGCAAUUGGAGGUAUCAAUCAUUCAAAUGCAAGCAAAGUCUUAUACCAAUGUUCACUUCCUGACUAUUCACUUGAUGGAUUGGCCGUUGUUUCUUGUAUAAUGGCAAAUGAGAAUGCUGCUAAAGCUACAAGUGAUUUGGCUGAAUUAAUCAAAUCAAAACCAGAGUGGUUGAAAAAUAUUUCAACCUCCAGUAGUGAGGCUAAACUUGAAAAUAAAAUUAAAACACUUAUUGAAACUAAACCAUUAGUUCAUCAUAUUACUAAUAAUGUUGUUAAAAACUUUAGUGCUAAUGUAACUUUAGCCAUUGGGGCAUCUCCCAUUAUGUCCGAAUUAGCAAAAGAGUAUGAAGAAUUUGCUUCAGCAAUUCCAUCUCUCGCCUUACUAGUAAAUUUAGGUACUCCAUCAAACGAUUUAAUGGAUAUUUUUAAGCACGCAAUUAGAGUAUACAAUAAAUAUGGUAAGCAUAUAGUAUUUGAUCCAGUUGCAUGUGGUGCUUCCAAGGAAAGACUUGAAAGUUCUAGGCAAUUGUUGAACACAGGUCAAAUAUCUGUUAUUAAAGGUAAUGUAGGCGAGAUUUCUUCAAUUUGGAAAUUAACAAGCACUUACCAAAAACCUUCUGGUGAUGAGAAAUCUUUAAUGCAAGGAGUUGAUUCUAUUGCAGAAUUAUCUGAGGAACAAAUCGUUCAAAUUGGUAGAGAAGUAUCUAUAGAUUUCAAAGUUGUUGUUGUUAUCACUGGGGUUACGAACUAUGUUAUUGAAGGGUUAGAUUCACUUCAAAAAGUUAAGGGUGGUCAUCCAUUAAUGGGUUAUAUUACCGGAACUGGAUGCUCAUUAGGAAGCACAAUUGCAGCUUUUGUGGCAGCAAAAGCUGAUGGUACAUCAAAGCCAACUGUAAAUAUUUUUGAUGCUGCUGUUGGUGCAGUUGAACUUUAUAAUAUCGCUGGUUUUAAAGCUGGUGAAGUUUCGAAGACACCCGGAACAUUCAUGACAAACUUUAUAGAUCAAUUAUAUUCAUGUACACAUAUAUAAGUUAAUAUUUAGAAUUUAGAGAUAAGUAUUAAAUCAUCAAAGUAAAUGAAG